UUUUUUUCUUUUUCUUUUUUCCUUUCUUCUUCUUUUCUUUUUUUCAUUUUUCUUUUUGUAUUUCUUGGAAAUACAUUAUUAUUCCUUUCUUUUCCUACCUAUUACUACUUGUUUCCUUAUUCACCAUCCUUUGAAAAUCACCUUGUCCUUUCUAUACAACAUGGUUUAUCAGCAAGAAAAUGGUAGUAGUUUUGGUAACAGCAAGUCAGCAACCAAUAUCUGUUCUCAUCAAUUAUCAAUACCUGUAGCCACUAUUAAUCACGAUGUGGUGAUGACUGAAGCUAUACCUAUUCAACAACAACAACAACAACAACAUACUAUGCCUCAUCACUCUCAUCGCUUUAUACUUGGUCAUGGAGGUAUUUCCGGUAGUCAUUCCAUGGGUGUCAAAACACCAACAAGAUGUAUGAAAAAACAACGUUAUCAUGGUGCCUCUUCUUUGAAUAGAACAAAUGCAUCUAUACAAGCUUCAAAAGUUGCUUUUUAUGUUGCUCCUCCUCGCCUUCAAAGACAUCGGCAUCAACAACGCCAACAAGUUCAACAAAUUCACUCUUCUAAUCGACUUGGAUACUUACAGAAUAAUGAACCCCUGACAAAUGGCAAGAAAAUAGAUUUUCUCCUUGAACUUCCUUACGAACUAUCGAUUCAUAUAUUAUCGUACUUGGAUAUAUUCUCUUUAAUUCAACUCUCCUUAGUAUCACAUGGUUAUCAUUCUUUAUAUCGAAACAAGGAUGUUUGGCGUCAACGUGUGAUGAAACAAGAAUGGCAAUUUUCACUUUCCAAGUUAUUACCAUCUAUGGAAUUGGAUUGGCUUCAUGUAUAUAAACAACGAUAUCAAUUAGAUCAAAGGUGGACAAACGGAAAAGUGAAUACUCAUUAUUUAGUAGGACAUCGUGAUUCAGUUUAUUGUUUACAAUUCGACAACAACAAAAUCAUCACCGGUAGUCGUGAUCGCACACUCAAGAUCUGGGAUAUGACUACUUAUCGAUGUACUCAUACAUUACAUGGCCAUCGUGCAAGUGUACUUUGUUUACAAUUCAAUGAUAAAAUCAUGGUUUCUGGUUCUUCGGACAAAUCGCUAAUUAUAUGGGAUAUGAAAACUUUACAACCAAUCAAAGUUCUACAGGGACAUACUGCGGGUGUAUUAGACUUGGCAUUUGAUGAUCGAUAUAUUGUCAGCUGUUCCAAAGAUGCAACUAUCAGGAUAUGGGAUAUCAACAAUGGCGAUCUAUUACGAACUAUUUAUGCUCAUCAUGGACCUGUGAAUGCGAUCAAAUUAUAUGGCGAUAAUGUCGUUUCUGCUUCUGGAGAUACUUUGAUUAAAAUGUGGAAUGUAAAAACUGGUGCUUGUAUUCGCGAAUUUGCUGGACACUCCCGUGGGUUGGCUUGUGUACAAUAUGACGGUAAACGAAUCAUCAGUGGAUCUAAUGAUAGAACCAUUCGAGUAUGGGAUGCUGAGACAGGUAAAUGUACCAUGGUCUUUGAAGGUCACACUGAUCUAGUUAGAACAUUACAUUUCAAUGGUGACCGAAUCGUUAGUGCUAGUUACGAUUUGAGCGUACGUGUCUGGGAUAUCAGAUCGAAUGCCUGUUUAUUGAAUUUCCAAAGUGGUCAUACUAGUUGGAUCUUUGAUGUACAUUUUGAUAAAACCAAGAUUGUGAGUGCAAGUCAAGAUCAUAGAGUAUUAGUGAUGGACUUCUCUCAAGGAUUAGAUACCCAAUAUUUUUGAAUACAAGAUUAGAUUAGAUUCUAUUUACGCUUUUACUUUUUAUAGUUUUUAUUCUUAUCACCUUUUUCUUUGUACAAAUUUUAUUUAUUCAUAGUCUUCCUUUUUUUUUUUUAACCGAUACUUUUACCGGUACUUUGUUAAUUAUAUCAAAACUAUC